AUGAGUACCGGUCCUCCUCCCAACUACUACAAGAUCCUCGAGGUCGCUGAAACGGCAACAACAGCGCAGAUCCGCGAUGGAUACAAGAAAGCGGCCCUCAAGACGCACCCCGACAGGGUCCCCGCCGACUCGCCAGAGCGCGCCUCGCGCACGCGCAAGUUCCAGCUCGUGAACGACGCCUACUACACGCUCUCGGACGCCUCGCGCCGGCGCGAGUACGACGCACAGCGCAAGCUCUUCAGCGGCAGCACAGGCAGCUCCUUCUUCGGCGGCGGCGCCAGCAAGCCCAGCGCCUCGGCCAACAGCGGCCCCGAGUCGUACCCAGACCCCUUCGAGGAGGAGAUCCCAGUCGGCGGCGACAUGCCCCAGGGCGGCGCUGCGCCCGGCGCUGGCGGCUUCACCAGCUGGGCGUGGAACUACUUCACGGGCAACAGCAACGGCGCCAACACGCAGCAGGCGCGGCAGCAGGCCGAGAACGAGCAGUUCGGCGACGUCUUCGAGGAGAUGCUGCGCGAGGAGGGCAUGGAUGAGGCGCAGAACAAGGGCAAGAUGUGGAGCAUGGCCGGCGGCGCCGCGGGGGGCAUCCUCGGUUUUAUUGCUGCCAACUUCCCCGGCGCCGUCGCGGGCGUCGUCGCCGGCAACCGCUUCGGCGCUAUUCGCGACGCGCGCGGCAAGAGCGUCUACUCGGUUUUCCAGGAGCUGCCGCAGGGCGACCGCGCGCGGCUGCUGGCGCAGCUUGCUACGCGGGUCUUCAGCCAUGCUGUGGGUGUGUAA